AUGUCCGGCAAAGCACUUGGUUUUUUCCACGACAGCGAUCGUGUGCGUUGGUACCGUGGAAUGUCCCCCGAGCAGACGGAGGCCUGUGACGGGCUACUCCACGCCCUUCGCGAUGACAUGGAACAGGGAUCCACGUUCCGGGUGCGCCGUUGUGUCUUCCGACUGGGUCUUAAUCCGCUGGUGGAAUCCUCGCAGAUCAAAGACAUCAUGGCCAUGAGUCAAGGCAACGACCUAGCCUUCCUGUGGUUCCUGUGGCACUCGGCCUAUAAAAGUCCUCAAAAGUGCCGACAAGACAGCGAGGAAUCGGAUUCUGAAUACUAUUCGGUAAACGAACAGUUGCUGUUGUCGGGAAUUGCCCACCUGGAUAUGCCGACCACCCUGAGAGCCUUGGAUGCCCUUCUCCCACCGCCCAUUCAAUCGAAGAAGAGGAACUCCCAAAGGAAAAUUGGUUCUCGAAAGAGUUCGCUGGGGAUGCCUCAAGGUGCAAGUCAAAGGUAUAAAGUCCUUCCAUACUUUGCUCCCCAGGUACGUCCCCGUGAAUUUAUUCCACAGUCCAAGUUCCAAACGCCCGAGAGCAGACUGCGUUUUCCGGAGUACUCACAUUACAGCGAUCGAAUGCACAAGAUUCCGAAUGAGAGGUCUCGUUGGUUUGCUCAAUACCAAUUUGAUCCUGCCAAGAGGCUAGUGACCAAGCUGCUCUCAGAGGAGCUUGGUAGACUAGCCUUGGAGCCACAGAAGAAUAUGUCGGAAGAAAGCGAUCCUCAGUGCGAAACUCAUCGCUUCUUAGAGAAGACAGUGGAUAUUCAACGACAGGAGAAAGUCCACUCAGACCGCCAGCGCUGUUUAUCUCAAAUGGAUGUUACAAAAAACUCAACGAAGGCUCGUAAAAAACGCAUCUUACAAGAUAUAGAAAGGAACAUCGAAUGCUUAACUAACAAGGUCGUUGGAAAAUCACCAAGAUUCUUAAAUCAAGUUAAAUGUUCUCGAAAAGAGGGCGGAUAUUGUGGGUUGUGCAAAUAUACGACAGAAAACAGGGCAGAAGUGUCCAUGUUGAUGGGUCUGGAGGAGAAUCCCAGAAUUCAUUUGUUAGCCCCUUCGCAGGAUAACUUGAUCCAGGUUAUGCUUAUGCAAAAGAAUGAAUCUCGACGCUGUGGAGCUGGCGAUUGUGAAAUACUGAAAGUUGACUGUGCCUUGGAAGAACAAAAGGACAUCAACACAAUCCCUAAAUCUACAAAGAGCACCAUCGAAGAAGCCCCAAAUUUACCAACUACCGAGUUUAAGAACCUCGCGGAUCUCAUUCCAGCCUGCAGUAGGACAUUGCGUUGCUUGCAAAGACCUUCAACCCGUUGUCCUGAAGAAGACACCUUCACCAACAGGACUCUGAAUGGCUUUCAGUUGGACUUUCAAAAGAUUUACGAUUUGCCGACGCCUGUUCCUGAUCUUCCCUUGCCCUGGGAGGAUGAUGUUUUGGAUCUGGAGGACAAGCAGCAGGUGAUUGAAAAUUUCUGCGUUGAUGCUUUAAGAAAUGGGGAAUCCCAGUCGGUGAAGGAGUUUCAGCGGGAUAAAUCCCUUCCGCCGGUUUUAAAAGCAGCUGCCAAUUGUGCCGUCGAUAUGUUCAGGAAAAAUGUGGCAGAAGUGGGAGAAAUCCCAACUGUUAAGGAUAAGGCUCCAUAUCCACUAAUCGAUCCGGAUAACAAGCUGCAAAUAGAGAAUCUUUUAAAGGCAGCCUUGCAAGUUCUGCGAACUAAUCCCCACUUCGUGUUGGCAACCUUUUCCAAUGCCCACAAGAUGCCCGUGUUACUUGAAUGGGUGGCCAAUCGCUAUGGAAAAACCUUUAGCAGGGAGGAAAUGAAGGCCCUCGUGAGGUCCUCCUACCGGAUCUUCGAAAGGGUCUUUCAGGAGGAGCGACUGAACCACCACGAGAUGUUUAAGCUAAAGAAAUCCCUUUCGGGUUUCGGCUGUGGUCCCAUACGCUACGAUAGCUAUAGGAAGUUUAAGUGCUUGGUUAAACAGCGGAAGAGGGAUUACAAUAACAGACUCAACGAUCUCGCUUUGGAGCAGUCGCGCCUCACCUGGUUGGCCCUGCGAGGAUACUCCCAUUUGGGUGGUCAGAUCAAGGAUACCUUCUUUGCCUACAUGCCCGCCAGACAUCAGGAUUUGAAGCGCCAGCACGUUUGGAAAUCCAAUGACUACCGGGAUAUGGUCAAAUUGCGGUUAAGGACUCGUCCUUCUACUUGA